GUUUUCUUCUCUGCUGCAUAAAUAAUAAUAUUAAUAUUAGCAAUUUGUGGUGGAACAUCAUUAACGCCAUUCAACUUUCGACCGGUCUUUGAGCUUGGCCUUUAGAUUAUAUUAGAUUUCUUUUUUCUAUCAUCUUAGUUACUUACUUUUUGAAUCCUUCCCUCAAAUUGGAUACAACAAAAAAAUAAAUAAAAGAAAUUCCAUAUAACCUCGAUCCUAGAAUAAAGGCUCCUGCUUUUCCUUCUUGUUAAGACUUGUUCUUCAUUUGUUUUUGUUAUAAUUUUGGUGCAGAUCAGAAUAUCAGAUGGAUUCUGUUGACUGCUCGGCGGUGACGCCAAGAAAGAGCAGAUGGGGUGGGAUUCUGGGCAAGGUUUUCCGCAUUCGGAAACCCAAGUCGAAUGAGAAGGUGAAGGUUGAUGCCGGGAAUAAUAAUGGCGAUUUAGUGAAGAGAAGUGAGGAUGAUGAUGAUGAUGAUGAUGGGGAUGAGAAAAUGGCGGUUGAAGCUUUUGUUGCCAAGGUGUUUGCCAGCCUCUCCGCCGUUAAAGCGGCGUAUGCGGAGUUGCAGUUUGCCCAUUCUCCUUACGACCCGGAGCUGAUUCGUGCCGCCGAUCAGAUGGUGGUGUCGGAGUUGAAGCUCUUGUCGGAGCUCAAACGGUAUUUUUCGAAGAAACAGAUUGAUCGGGAUCGGGAUGGGGAUCGAGGUUCUUCUCCUGGGGUUACUCUGUUGUUGGCGGAAAUUAAGGAGCAGAAUUGCGUUCUUAGAAUGUAUGAAUCCAUGGCGAAGAAGAUGGAUUCCCAGGUUAAGCUUAAGGGGUCGGAGAUUAUGUUCUUAAAGGCGAAAUUAGAGGAGGCUAAUAAAGAGAAUAAAUUGUUGGAGAAGAGAUUGAAUUCCACCUCUGAGUUACAGUUACCCCUUCCCGACAACCUUCGACUCUCAACGUUGAAUUACAGUCAUUUUGUUAGAUUUUUCCGGCAGACGGUGAGCUCAAUCCGGAGUUUUGUCCGGCAGCUGUGUUGGGAGAUGGAAUCCGCCGGGUGGGAUUUGGACGCGGCGGCCAGUGCAAUCCAGCCCGAUUCCGCCGCGUUGUUCAAAGUAAAAAACCGCCGAUGUUUCGCGUUCGAAUCCUACGUUUGUCGGGUGAUGUUCGACGGUUUCGACCGCCCAAACUUCAGCCUCUCCGGCGAGGCGUUGCAAGAUCCGGAGAAAAGACAGAGGCGAUUCGCGGAAGUGAACGCCGUGAAGAAGGCGGCGGACUACCUGGCCCGGAAACCAAAAUCGACGUUCGCGAGGUUUUGCGGCAAGAAAUACAGGAGGCUGGUUCAUCCCGCCAUGGAAGAAUCGCUGUUCGGCGGCGACUGUGAUCAUCGGAAAAUGGUGAAAUCCGGGGAGUUCCCGGCGACGGGGUUCUUCUCUUGUUUCGCGGAGAUGGCGAAACGCGUGUGGUUGUUGCAUUGCUUGGCUUUUUCUUUCAACCCCGAGGCUUCGAUCUUCCAGGUGAGCAAGGGGGCUCGAUUCUCCGACGUUUACAUGGACAAUGCUAACGACGAGCCGGUCUUGUCGUGGGACGGCUCGCCGGAAACACAGCCCAAAGUGGCUUUCACGGUGGUUCCCGGCUUCAGAUUAGGUACCACUGUUAUUCAAUGUCUAGUAUUCCUAUGCUGAUAUUUUAGCCCUUUAUUUUCUAUCAAAAUUUGAGCUUAAAAUCUUUGAUUAAGUGACACUUGUUUAAGUUCGUAUCAACCAAAAAGCACCAAAUAAGUAUAUCUAACCACAA